CGGUCAUACAUUCCCGCCGAGCCUAACUGUUUCUAAAGGGAAAAUCUCUAUCCCGCCAUACCCAACUGCCUCUGGAGAGACCUCUCUCUCUCUCUCUCUCUCUCUCUCUCUAUAUGGUUUGAAGCAAAUACACACUACAUCUUGAAGAUUCUUGUUCUUUCUCUCUGUCUGGGGUCCAUAGCCACUUGCAAUUUCUUGCAAAAUCAAUGGCGAUGACCACCAAAGACCACACCCCUAUCGAAAUCAAGGCACCACAGCCCCGUGUCUCCAUUGAUUUCGCUUCAGACGAAUUGGGGAGAGAACAGAGAGUCCCCUUCUUCAGACCCUUAUCGCAGAGGAGAGAGAACACUUGGAUCAUCUCUCUCUUCGUCAUCCUCCACCUUGUGGCUUUCGCAGCCACCAUGAUCGUCAACGACUGCUGGAAAAACUCUCACCGCGAUUGCGCCCUCAAACCCCUCGGACGACUCUCAUUUCAGCCACUCUCCGAGAAUCCCCUGCUCGGCCCCUCUUCUUCGCGUCAGCUGGAUACAAUGGGGGCAAUUCGACAGACAUUUUUGGCAAAACAUCACAAAAAUAUUUGGCAUCUUUUCACCAGCCCAUGGUUGCAUGGGGGGAUUGUCCACCUUAUUAUUAACCUUUCCAGUGUUAUCUUUGUUGGAAUUCACUUAGAGCAAGAAUUUGGACCACUUAGAAUUGCGAUUAUCUACGUAUUCUCUGCUUUUAGUGGUAGUUUUGUGGCAUCAUUAUUUCUCCUAGACAGAUCAUCAGUUGCUUCAUCCGGUGCUCUAUUUGGAUUGCUAGGUGCCAUGCUUUCAGGGCUUACCCGAAACUGGAAGUUUCACAGCAACAAGCUUUCGGCUCUUUUAGCCAUUCUGUCUAUCUCAGUGAUCAAUCUUGCACUUGGUCUGCUACCUUAUGUGAACAAUUUUGCAAAUAUUGGAGGAUUUAUAUCGGGAUUCCUUCUUGGCUUUGCGCUCCUAUUCAAUCCUCUACUUGGGAAGAUGGCUCAAAAUAAAGGAGGUUUAUUUGAAUAUGAUGUCAAAUGUUCUGUCAAACUCAGGCAGAAACUGGACAAGCCUGUGCUGAGGACUGUUUCUCUUGUUCUUUUCAGUCUUCUACUUGCAGGGGUUAUUGUUGCAGUUCUUCAUGGCGUAAACGUGAGCAAGUACUGUGGAUGGUGUCAAUAUGUUGACUGUGUUCCCUCCAAAUGGUGGAGCUGCAAUGACAAACCAAUGCAUUGCGAGACAGAGGUAACAACAGGGCGGUUGACAUUGACUUGCGAGGGUAGUGACAAGUUCAGGGUUUUCCCUUUCACUGACAUCUCACAAGCGAGGAUUGAGGACUUGUGCAAUCUGAUAUGCUCAUAGAAGAACCCUUAACCCUGUGUGAGAAUUGUAAGAAAGCUUUUCUCCACUUUGAGAAAACUAGUUAUAGUUAGAGUCUCUGUAAUGUGUUUGGAUGACAAUCCAUCUUGAUAUUGGUAACUCUGUUAGCAUUCAUGUAAAAGAAUUGUAUAAAAGAAUUGGUUCAUGAAAACAAUGAAAAGUCAUUUGGGCAUUAAAAUUUCAAGUUAGAGGAAAAAAAA